AUGGCAAACCACUCCCAACUAGGAUUUCAAGAUGCCUCAUCCCCCAUUAUAGAAGAACUUGUUGAAUUCCACGACCACGCCCUAAUAGUAGCAUUAGCAAUCUGUAGCCUAGUACUUUACCUUCUUACUCUUAUACUUACAGGAAAACUAUCAUCAAAUACUGUUGAUGCUCAAGAAAUCGAGCUAAUUUGAACCAUUCUUCCUGCCGUUGUCCUAGUAUUACUAGCCCUCCCCUCCCUGCAAAUCCUCUACAUAAUAGAUGAAGUUGAUGAACCUGAUCUCACUCUAAAGGCCAUCGGCCACCAAUGAUAUUGAACCUAUGAAUACACUGACUUCAAGGAUCUUUCGUUCGACUCCUACAUAACCCCAACAACAGACCUCCCUCAAGGCCACUUCCGCCUCCUAGAAGUUGACCACCGCAUCGUAGUUCCAAUAGAAUCACCUAUCCGAAUAAUCAUCACCGCUGACGAUGUACUCCACUCAUGAGCCGUUCCAACCCUUGGAGUAAAAACAGAUGCAAUCCCAGGACGACUAAACCAAACUUCCUUCAUUACCACUCGACCAGGAGUGUUUUACGGACAAUGCUCAGAAAUCUGUGGAGCUAAUCACAGUUUCAUACCCAUCGUAGUAGAAUCUACUCCUCUCAAACACUUUGAAGCCUGAACCCCUCUUCUAUCAUCCUAA